AGAUCACCCCGACCCCGAGCCGUCCGCCCCCGUCGUCACACAAAACCUCCCCCACAAAGCAGCUCGCCGCUAGCGCUAGGACAGCGAAGCAGCUCUGGCUUGUUGCAAGCUGCCCGCUAAUCCCCCUCUGUCCAACCAUAAUCGCGCGUCAAUCACCCGCUAACCCCUCCUGCCGUGCCGGCCGCCGGCGCCUGGCCCGCCUCGCAUUCCCAUGCUUAAAUUAAUUCCCUAGUGGAGGCUGAUCCAGCUCGGCGGGCUCUGGGGGAGCGAGAGGGGAGAUUCCGCGCGGCGCCAGCCCGGGAUCCGAUCGGGCGGUCGAUGCUACGGGCGCGGGGUGGCGGGGCAUGGCUGCGCGGCGAGGGGGAGCUAUGAGGCCGCCGACCAGCAGCAUGCGCGCGGCGCUCGCGCGGUCGCCGGCCGCCUCGUUCCUGCUGGCCGCGGCGGCCGCGGCGGCGGUCGUGGGCGGCCUGUACUUCUGGGUGGUGGUCUCGUCGUUCCGCCUCCCCGACUCCGGCGCCGCCGGGUGCCGCCCCGACGGCGAGGGGUCGUGGUCGGUGGGGAUGUUCUACGGCAGCAGCCCGCUCGAGCUACGGCCCAUCGAGCUGGAAGGGAGAAGCAACGGGAACAGCUCGGCGUGGCCGGUGGCAAACCCCGUGCUGACCUGCGCGACCCCGACGGAGGCGGGGUACCCGAGCAAUUUCGUCGCCGACCCAUUCCUCUACGUCGAGGGGGAUACACUAUUUCUCUUCUUUGAAACAAAAACAACAACCUCGAUGCAAGGUGAUAUUGGAGUUGCAAGAAGUUUCGAUAAAGGUGCAACAUGGGAGUUUCUUGGCAUUGCUUUAGAUGAGGCAUGGCAUCUGUCAUAUCCAUUUGUGUUCAAAUACGAGAACGAGAUUUACAUGAUGCCAGAAGGAAACAAAAAGAAGGAGCUGCGCCUUUAUCGUGCUACCAAGUUUCCCCUUGAAUGGACAUUGGAGAAGGUGCUUGUCAACAAGCCACUCAUUGAUUCCUCAUUAGUCCAAUUUGAUGGAUACUGGUGGUUAUUUGCUUCUGAUUUUUCACGGUAUGGCGUUGAGAAGAAUGCAGAGCUUGAGAUUUGGUACAGUAACUCUCCUCUUGGUCCUUGGACUGAGCACAAGCAAAACCCUAUUUACAAAUCGGACAAAAGUUUGGGAGCUCGAAAUGGUGGGAGGCUCUUUGUAUUUGAAGGUUCAUUGUAUCGUCCUGGUCAGGAUUGCAGUGGUACCUAUGGGCGGAAGGUUAAGUUGUACAGAGUUGAAAAGCUAACCAAGGAAGAAUAUAAAGAGGUCCCAGUAAAACUUGGGAUUGAAGAGCCUAAGAAAGGUAGAAAUGCAUGGAAUGGCAUGAGAUACCAUCACAUGGAUGCCCAACAACUUGCAUCCGGUGGAUGGAUUGCUGUAAUGGAUGGUGAUCGUGUCCCUUCAGGCGAGUCAACACGACGUUCUCUCUUUGGUUACAUAGGCUUCUUGUUAGCAAUUGCUCUUGUUGUUUUUGUGGGUUUUGUGAAAGGUGCGAUCAGUUGCUACAUUCCUCCAAGCUUCUGGGUUUUUCAGACAAGGAGAACUGAAUUGUCUCGUAUCUUGCCUGUGCACCGCUUCAACCAGAAAGUCCGCAGAUAUUCUACCAAUAUCAGCAGAUAUUUCUCUGCUUCCAAAACAAGACUCAAUGAAAAAACUUGGUCCAACAUGCUGUUCUUUUGGGUAGUUGCUCUAAUUGGUAUCGUGAAUGUGUGCAUUGCUGUGCAUUUCUUAUUUAGCGGCAUUGGUGCUGAAGAGGCGUACACAUAUAAAGGGCAACACUCUCAAUUCACGAUGGUCACAAUGACAUAUGAAGCUCGUCUCUGGAACUUGAAGCUAUUUGUUGAACACUACUCGAGAUGUGAGUCUGUUAGGGAGAUAGUUGUCGUUUGGAACAAAGGUAACCCUCCAAGCAGUGAUGCCUUUGAUUCUACUGUUCCUGUCAGGAUACGGGUUGAAGAGAUCAACUCUCUCAACAAUAGAUUCAGGGUUGAUCCUCUGAUAAAGACCCGAGCUGUCUUUGAACUGGAUGAUGAUAUUAUGAUGACCUGCAGUGACUUGGAGAAAGGGUUUAGGGUCUGGAGAGAACACCCUGAGCGGAUGGUGGGCUUUUACCCUCGGAUGAUUGAUGGCAACCCAUUACAAUACAGGAAUGAGAGAUACGCUAGGGGUAAGAGGGGAUACAAUCUGAUCCUCACAGGGGCUGCUUUCAUGGACAGUGAGUUUGCGUUCAAGAAGUACUGGAGUGAGGAAGCUCGUGAAGGGAGGGACUAUGUGCACAAGAACUUCAACUGUGAGGAUCUGCUGAUGAAUUUUCUAUAUGCGAAUGCAAGCUCCUCCAGGACCGUGGAGUAUGUCCACCCGGCAUGGGCUAUUGACACAUCCAAGCUUUCUUCCGUCGCAAUCAGCCGAAACACACAGAAGCACUAUGAUAUCAGAACAAAUUGCUUGGCGAAGUUUUCCUCCAUAUAUGGCCCCCUCCCUCAGAAAUGGGAGUUUGGCAUGCGAGAAGACCGUUGGGAUAAAUAGUGUGACAAAGGCGCUGUACCGAGCAAUGAAACACAUAUGCUUCAUUAAGAUUUUUUGUUGAUCCCAUGCAAAGUUUUGUAGCAUGGGGAGAAAUUAUAGCCCUUCUGGUACAAAUGCCCUGGUCUGUGAUGUACGUAUUAGAUUCGGCUAGAAGCCUAGAACUGUGCAGAUUGAGGUGGAUCAUUGUACACAACUUUAGAAGCUUAUGUUGAAAUAGACCAAAUGCAGUGCAGUGAAUGUGAAGCAAAACAAGAGUCUGGAAACUGCAUACUGCGCGGUGAGGUUCAGAUUGUUGGGUUCCUUUUAUCUCUGUAGCCUGUGUACAUUUUUACCCCUAAGAUUGGGCUAGCUUGAUGUGUGAUUAUAUGCGCUUCUUUUUGUAAGUUGUAACAUAAGAAUAUCGUUGCGGCUGGUAGUUUUAAUUUUCAACUCUUUCAGCCUCAUCA